AUGAAAGUAACAUUCCUAUUGGAGCUAUUACUAAUUCUGAUCAUCAUCGCAUUUGCUGCCUCCAAACCGGUCAACGAUGAGGGACGAAAUGCACACAAGGGAACGCUCAUCUCUCGGCAGGCGGUAGAGGAAGUGGCUGCCCCGGUUGAUGCUGUAGCGCCCGUUGCCCCCGUCGCCCCCGUUGCCGGAGGUGACGACGAUGACGAUGAUGACGACGAUUCCGAUGAAUUCGAUCUAGGCGACGAUGAUGAUUCCGCCGAGGAUGACGAUGACGAUGGUGAUGAUGAUGAUGACGAUGAGGACAUUAUCGGAUCGGUCGAGGAUGAGAUCGACGAUGAUGAUGAUGAUGAUGACGAUGAUGAUGAUGAUGAAGUUGCGGCUCCAGUGGCUCCGGCGGCGGUUGUUGACCAGCAGAAGCAGACGGCCAACCAGGCUGCCCCGGUGGCUGCGGCGGCUGCUGAAGACGACGACGAUGACGACGAUGACGAUGAGGACGACGAUGCGCUGUCUUUUUUUGGUGAUGACCUCCUAGGAGCCUUCGACGAUGACGACGACGACGACGAUGACGAUGACGAUGAUGACGACGACGAGGAUACCGUCGCCGCCGUUCCGGCAGCGGUCCAGGCCGUCGCCCAGCCGGUCGCCCAAGCAGCCGCCGCCCCGGUCGUGCAAGCCGCCGCCGCCGCCCCGGUCGCCCCAGCCGCCGCCAAGAAGACCAAGAAGAAGGUGGCCGCCCAGAACACGCAGGCGCUGCUGGAUCUGGCCGAUGCGGCCGCCGCCCAGAACGAGGUCGACAGCCCGGUGAAGAAGCCGGAUGCGGAGCUGGACGUGAACAGCGAGGUGAACAAGAUCGCCGAAUCGCUCACCAACGCCGGUGCGGACAGUGCGGCCAGCGCGACCGACGCCACCGUCGACGAUAACGAGGAGGAGGAGGAGGAGUACGAGGACGCGCCAGAAAAGGUACAAAUUCAAAACACGAAUAACAAUAAAGUUGACGUUGUUGCGAACGCUCCAGUGAAUCCAGUAACCGUGACGAAACCGGAGAAGAAGCCGGCCGCGACCGGGGACGACGACGACUACCUGUCCGCCCUGGUGGGCGACGAUGACGAGGACGAUGACGACGAUGACGAUGACGACGACAGCGAGGAGGCGCCCGCUGCUGCCGCCGCCGCCGCGGCCACCACCGGCCAGAAGGAGGAACAGCAGCAGUCGGCGGCCGCCGUCGCCGAGGCGGAAGCGGACGAUGACGCGGAAGACGACGACGACGACGACGACGAUGACGACAGUGACGAGCUGAUCGAUGAGAGCGCCGUCGAGGACAUUGCCGAGUCGGACGUGUGA